GCAUCCCGCAUUUCCUGGGACGAUUGCAUUCAAUUUAACUCUCCUCCAUUUGCUGCAACUGCUCCCAGAUUGCUUUUUCCUUCCGAUGCCAGGAGGAAAUGAGGAAACUCAUCUGGAAAGCGCUCUCCUCCCGCCAGACGACUCUUUCUGCCUUGGAAAGAGCCAAGGAAAAAGGCGUCUCCUGCUGGCCAAAUGAGCUAGGAGUACAGCAGAGGGGCCCUCAGGAGAGUCAUGGAACCCCAGAAGCUGGUGAAUGUAGGAUUUCUGCUGUGUUCCGUGAACUGCCUCUUGUUAGAGACUGUAGCUUCCCCCGCAUCACCUUUAUCUGCCUCUGAAACACAAGACGCAGCAGGAUGGAAACCACGGUCAAGGGGUGUGCUUGCCGUGAGGAUGAAUCUUCCCAUCACCUCCGGAAGACGUCAGAUUCAUGUCUCAGAAAACCACAGGUCCUGGCUGAGCAACUUCAGGAAUUACUUGCAGGAUCACAUCAAGAACUCCAUACCUUCAGGAGCCAUUUUUGCUUUUCUGAUCACCGCAACCAUGAUGGGGAUCCUCUGUUGCCUCACUAUUCUUGUAGGUGAACCAGUCCAAUGAAGCACUAGAAAAUUCAGUUGGACAACUGUGGUGUUUGGCUUGCUGGAUUCCGAGGGAGUGCAGAGUGUGCUAUUUGCUUACAGUAAGGAGGUACCUGUUGGUUAAAAUUAAAUUGUCUUCCAUGUUUA